AUGGCAACAAAGAUGAAACAGAAAUAUGAUAAAUAUUGGGGAGCUGUAGAUAAGAUGAACAAGUUAUUGUAUAUAGCUGCCGUGUUAGAUCCAAGGCUGAAGUUGCAGUUUAUUGGUUUCACACUGAAGUGGAUGUAUGAUGAUGAGAAAGCAGUUUCUGCUUUGACAGAAGACGUUGAGCUUGCUACUUACGAGUUAUAUGCUCAUUAUGAGAAUCAAAUGGAAGUAGGUGAAGGUUCAUCCUCCUCUCAAACUGAAUUAGAUGACGAUGGUGGGAAUGUGGAUUUAGUUGCCGAGUAUAUGAAGCAAUUGCAAAAAGAGAGAGGAUUGGCUCCGAGCAGACUCUUGGAAGAAGAUUCAGUGGAGAUUGAUAAUAUCGAUGAAGAGUUGAGCAUGGUGAUGAAGGCUAUUGGCAUCUCCGAUGUUCCACUUCCUCAUAUCAAUACUCCUCGUAUGUGUCCUAAUGUAGAGGCAAGCACAAACACAAAAGGUAGCAUUCGAACCUAA